AUUUUUUUUUUCACUUGUUGAAGAUUGAAUUGGUUGGAGAUAUUUUGAAUGAUCCAUAUCUUGUUUUAGAGUCUCGCGGACCACCGAGCUCGCUACAAUGUUCAACAUAGUCCGAUCUCUUGGAGCUCUCCUCCUUCUAGUCUCUUUGGCGCACGCGCAGUUUCAAUUCUUCGAGCACAUGUUUGGAGGUGGUCAAGAACGCCAGCAAAAUUCGCAACAAAAUGUUCCCAGCGACAGCUCUCGAUACCAGAGCAUGUGGGAAGGAGCCCGAUGCGAUAAAUAUCUAUGCCCUGGUACCCUCGCCUGUGUUCAUUUCCCACACCAUUGCCCGUGCCCACACCCUGCCGCGGAGGAGAAGUUCGAGCUGGGCGACGGCAGUGCAGUUUGUGUCUCAAGGGGAGGAUACAAGCCUGGGGAAGCUGCGCGAAAGGUUGAGCUGGCUCGGAAAGGACUUCUUUGAUUGAGAGAUGUUAUUAAGUGUGUUUAUUUUGUCUUGAUUGUCACCGGAGUUGCUGUCUAUAAAUGAUUUAGUUUGUUCGGAGUAUGUACGGAUUAUAUGGAACCGUCCGGCAAAAUGAAUAUAAGCCUACCAACAAUUGCAAGCCUCGUAAAACCGCGC